CACCAGCCCAGUGUUGCCGUGGCCGCCGCAGAGAGAGGGUGUUGCGCUGGCCUGUCUCAUUCCCUGCCACCAUGCCUGAGACCAGUGAGCAGAGUGCAGGGGGGAAGGUGUUCACGCUGGAGGAGAUCGCCAAGCACAAGACACCAGACUCCUGCUGGUUCAUCAUCCAUGAUAAGGUGUACGACGUGUCAAAGUUCCUGGACGAGCACCCUGGAGGUGAGGAGGUGCUACUGGAGCAGGCGGGGCAGAAUGUGACUGAGAACUUUGAGGACGUGGGCCACUCAACAGAUGCCAGGGAGAUGAUGAUGGAGUACUGCAUUGGGGAGCUGUGUGAGGAGGACAAGAAACACACCAAGGACCAAGGACCAAAAUCUUGGGCGACGGACUCUGCAGACCAAAAGUACGACUCCUGGUCUAGUUGGCUCCUCCCGGUGGGUCUUGCCUUCGUCGCCUCGCUCAUCUACCGGAUGUACGCGCUGCCCCAGGCCACCUAAUGUCUCCUAGCCUCCCCUCCCCUCACCCUCUCCUUCCACCCACUAGCACCUCCCCUCUCCUGUCUUGUUUUUAUUUAUUUAUUUUUUUUUUUUGUCUGACGUUUUGUUUUCUUUGUGGUUUGGUUUUGUCUGGUUCUGUUUUCUUAUCCUUGUUUUAUCAUCUCUUUUUUCUUUGUUUUUCCUCUUAAUUUUUCUUUGUUUUGUUCUAUUUCCUUUCCUUUCUUCUGUUUUCAUCCUCUUCACGUUGUUAUUCUUUCUUUGUUGUCUAAUGCCUUUUUUUUGGUCAAUUUCUCUGAUUCUCUUAAUUUUUUUUCCUUUCUGAUUCUGUUUUCCUGUUAUUCUUCUAUUUAUCAUAUCCUUAUUUUGCCUUCCCUUUCACUGCCAUGUUUCUCUGCUUACCCUCGUUUAUUCUCUACUGCCUCCUAGCUCUCUCUCUCUCUCUCUCUCUCUCUCUCUCUCUCUCUCUCUCUCUCUCUCUCUCUCUCUCUCUCUCUCUCUCCAACUCCACCACCACUGACAGCCCCCAUCCCUCUUCACCACUCCCCCCUCUCUGCCACCUUGUCCCCGCCACUGUAAGCCGCCACUGCUGCCGCUGCUGCUCCACUCCACCUUCCACUGGUCGGGUCGCAUUGUUGACUUCAUCUGUGACCUGUGAUCUUGGAUUAUUAUUAUUUAUUUAUUUAUUUAUUCAUUUUUUUAUUGUUAAUCGAG